CUGGCCAGCCAAACAAACUCGGGAAGGAAAAUACAAAAAUACGAUGACCAUGGCGAGUUCGAUCGGCCGUUUGGAUACAACCGAAAAUGUGGCGCAAAAUGUUCUGGAAACACUGCACGCGAAAGCUGUGGAGCUCAAAGAAACGGUUACCGAGGAUGCGCGAUUGAGGCAAGAGGCCUUAACUGAUCUUCACUCGUUGGUGGAUAAGCUGAAUGAUUUGGUCAUUAUGGAAGCUGCAUUGAAAACGAAACAGAUGGCCAUCUCAACGAAGGAUGGGGCCGCCAAGGCGAGUAAGAUCACCUCACAGAAACCGAGAAGCCACGGACAAAUGUUGAAGAAUCUUGAGCGAUUCCUAGGUCUUACCAUACACUGCAUCCCCGAACGGAGGAUGUUUGAGAUACACUUUUCAGACACAGAAAACACACGAUUGUCCUUUAAGGUGAACAGGAAAGGACUGGACCUUGACGAUAUGUACCCGCGGCCAGGAAACAUCGAAGCCAUUCGCGCACACCUACGCGAUACCAAGGACGUGAUUGGCUUACUGGCCGUUUUACGAAGAAGAUUAACGAUUGUCGAUACGUACGAAGAGGCCAACCGAUAAAGGGAUGACGACUGGAAAGAGGACGAGAAUCGACACACAAUUUAUUUGUAUAUGACGAAA